AGUCUCACCUAGGGUUUUAUUCCCGCUACUUCCUGGUUUCCAAGAAGUCAGGGGAAAAGAGACCUAUUCUGGAUCUUCGCGUGUUCAACAGAUUCGUUGCCACGAGGAAGUUCAGAAUGCUCACUGUCGGAGCGUUGUUCCGGUGUGUGAGAGAGGGCGAUUGGUUCACAUCCCUGGAUCUCAAGGAUGCUUACUUCCACGUCCCUGUUCGGCAGGCGCACAGGAAGUUUCUCCGCUUUGCCUUUAUGGGGAUUGCGUACGAGUACCAGUGUCUGCCGUUCGGCUAUUCCCUGGCUCCGCGCACCUUCUCGAAGUGUGUGGAGACGCCGUUGGAACCGCUCAGGCGUCAGGGAAAGAGGAUUCUCUUCUACCUAGACGAUCUGCUUAUUCUGAGCAACUCAGAAGAGACCGCGAGAAGGGACACCAUGUUGGUGAUAAACCAUCUCUCCUUCCUGGGUUUUGCCAUCAACUGGGAGAAGAGCUCCCCGCUCCCCAGCCGGCAGACAGUCUACUUGGGGCUUUGCCUAGACUCAGCCACCAUGACUGCGAUGCUUUCGCCUCCUCGGCGAGACGCCAUCCUGUCGGCGCUCUCCCGUUUUCACGUUCGCAGAAACGUGACCGCACUGUCCACCAUGCGCCUGUUAGGGCUGAUGGCAGCUGCCCACCCCGUGGUCCCCCUGGGUCUGCUUUUUAUGCGCAGACUCCAGCGGUGGUUUGCUCGCCAACGGUUGGACCCCAGGCGACACAAGCUCAGGGUGCUCCUCGUUCCCCGUUCUGUGUCGCCAGACCUGGAAUAUUGGAAAGGACCCUCCGCCCUUCUCAGGGGUGUUCCCCUGGGCAGGGUGGCGUCCUACGUAGUGGUCUUCACGGACGCCUCGUUGACGGGUUGGGGAGGAACGUCCCUCUCUCACUCGGUCGGAGACGAGUGGCGCACGCCCCCUGCAGCACACAUAAAUGUGUUGGAGCUCGACGCUGUGAGGAAAGUGCUGUUGCAUUUCUUUCACCUGGUGCGCGGUCCCCGCCGAGACGAGUGGCGGUUACAUCCCAACAUUGUCAGACUGAUCUGGCAGAGGUUCGGGACAGCGCAGGUGGACCUCUUCGCGUCCAGGGAGAACACGCACUGCAGGUGGUGGUUCUCCCUCAGCCCUCGGGAUCUUCCCCCGUUGGGGGUAGAUGCGUUGGCACACAUACCUUGGCCGCGGGCUCUCUUGUAUGCGUUUCCCCCGCUCCAGCUGAUCCUUCCUCUUCUGGAACGGGUCAGACAGGAGAGACUGUCCCUGAUAUUAGUGGCCCCGGAGAACCGUUCAGCUCUGUGGUUUCCAGAGCUGGCCUCGCUCUCGCGGUCAGCGCCUUGGCCAGUACCGUUCAGGCCGGAUGCGCUUUCACAGGCCCACGGGACGGUGCACCACCCGCCCGAUGUCUCGGGACGGCUGUUGGUUUGGCUCCUGAGAGGUUGAUCCUGCAGGGCAAAGGUUUGCCUGAGACGGUUAUCAACACUAUUCAGAGUGCUCGUGCGCCUUCUACUUCUUCCCUCUAUGCGGCGAAGUGGUGCGCCUUCUCUAAUUGGUGUGAGACGAACCACGCUGUCCCAUCUCAAUGCGAGGUAGGAAGCGUGCUUUCGUUUCUGCAAAACUUAUUGGAAAAAGGUUUGGCCUUCUCCACUAUCAAGGUCUGUGCGGCAGCCGUUUCGGCUGGCCAUGCAGGCUGUGAUGGUGGACCGAUCUUCAGCCAUCCACUGGUCAAGAGAUUCUUGCGUGGGACUAGACGGGUUAGGCCUGUUUCACGCGUGCUUACACCACGCUGGGAUCUCCCUACCGUGUUGCGCGGAUUGUCCAGGGAUCCUUUCGAGCCUCUUUCUCAGGCCCCUUUGGAUGCCCUGUCAUUUAAGACGGCGCUCUUGUUGGCCUUGGUUUCUGCCAAGCGGGCCGGUGAGCUAACCGCUCUGUCUGUCAGCCCGAGUUGCUUGUUGUUAAACGAGGACAGCUCCUUCGCGUUGCUCAGACCUAAUCC